AUGUGUCCUAAGACUCCUGAAGAGAAAGAAAAAAUGAGCCGAGUUCCUUAUAGGAGCGCAGCCGGAAGUCUAAUAUAUGUUAUGGUGUGUACCAGACCUGAUAUCUGUCAAACAGUUGGCUUGGUAAGUAGAUAUCAAACUGACCCAGGUUUAGCACAUUGGCAAGCAGUAAAGAGAAUCAUGAGAUAUAUGAAGGGAACUGCUGAUUAUACACUUUGUUACCAAGGCAACAAAGAUCUGCGAUUAGUUGGAUACAGUGAUGCUAAUCAUGGAGGAGAUCUAGACGAGAGAAAGUCUACCUCGGGAUAUGUUUUCUUACUCAGUGAUGGCGUCAUAUCAUGGAGUAGUAAGAAACAAUCAUGUAUAUCACUAUCUACUAUGAAAGCCGAAUAUGUGGCUCUCGCAUCAGCAACACAAGAAGCUGUUUGGUUGAAAAGGUUCUUGGAACACUUAUUGGAUAUCACAGAAGAUGCUGAACCAGUGUUAGUCUACCGUGACAGUGAGGCUGCAAUUUCCUCUACCAAGAACCCUAAGUUUCAUUGCAAAACCAAACACCUAGAUAUCAAGUAUAACUUGCGAGAGACAUGGUUAAACGCAAGGUAG